GAAACUUCUCAGGAAAAGUUGUGACCUAAGCAGAUGGUGAGAGUAUUGACCUAGAGAGAGAAAGAAAGAAGAGAGAGAACCCAGAGCUUCGUAAGCUUCGGACACACAAAACUUUUCAAAUUCUAGAGUUCGCGGUGUAUCCAAAGGGAAUCCGAAACUUGAUUCCCCCAUUAUUUUAAGCCCUUAACCUGCAGAGCUCUCUGCACGAAAAACUAGGUUUUAACGGAGAGCUUCGGUCAGAAGUGUGAGCUUUGUGGAGGUCAAGCUUUUUGAUAGGUAAUUCUAAUGAAAAUUGAAAACCAGUCAUUGAGCUUCGAGAUAGAGCUGAUUUUCAGUAGCAUUGAUAUUUGAGUGAUCUUGGGGUUUGAGUUCUAUGAAGUUUUUUCUCUCUGACGUGGGUUUAUGAGGUAUUGAAGUGAGAUAGCUUGAUCUGAGUUAAUGGCCUGAGAUGAUCUAAGGUUUGAAGAUUGAAAAAUUCAAGGUCUCAGCAAGUCUUGGAGCUGGAGAAAUAGUUCCUAGCUAUCAAAAUCAGUCGAAGCUCUGGUCUAUAGAAAUUCAAGGUCUGUGUAAGUCUAAUUGAACUAUUCAAGGAUCCAGUUGUGGAAACAUUAAAAGCUUCAGAAGUUUUGUGAAAGUCUGCAAUUUCAAGCUAGUAUUGAAAAAUUUAAAGCCAAUGACAUUCUGAAAUCACAACCAAGAAAAAAUGCCUUUUGUGUGAAGGAAUUCGGUUUCUACUUGAGAUGCCAUGGCCCUAGAAACAGCUAUUCCUGUUGUCCAGCGACCAGAAAGGCUCUUAGAGAUACCUAAUAGAAAUUUAAUGGAGAGCGUGGGAGAGAUUGUGCCCGAACCACAGCCUGUUUCUGAAGAGGAAGUAUAUGUUGCAGUUGGGAAAGAGAGAAAAGAGAGCCUAAAAACGCUGCAGUGGACCAUACAGAUGUUCAGGAAUAAAAAGAUAAUACUUCUGCAUGUUCAUCAGCCUUCUCAAAUGAUACCGACUCCAAUGGGGAACUUUCCUGCAAAUAAAGUGAAGCCUAUUGAGGUGAAGGCUCACAGGAAUAAAGAACAAGAAGAUGUGAAGAAAUUGAUGAAUGAUUAUCUUGCACUCUUCUCUACAGCAGAGGUGCAUGUAGACAAACGGGUCAAAGAAGCAGAUGACAUUCAGAAAGGGAUUGUGCAAGCAGUAGCUCAAUAUGAAAUACAAAAACUCAUCAUGGGUGCAGCUGCAGACAACUGCUACUCAAGGAAAAUGAAUGCUGUAACCUCAAAAAAGGCAGCUCAUGUUAAGAAGCAUGCCCCGCUCUCUUGCAUGAUAUUUUUCAUUUGCAAGGGGAGCCUUAUAUGCACCAGGGAACCUUGUGCUGAACAACCCAGUAUGUGGAUGAAUUCACCAUCACCGACCCUCACUCCAUCUACAAGUCCAGUUAUAUCAAGACAAAGUAGUACUGGGUCAGUUAGGGAAUCCAUGAACAUGCGGAAUCUUCUUAGCCCCUGGUUUAGGCGUAGAUCAAAAUCAGAGCACUUGAAUAUUGAUGUAGAAGAAAGCCAAUCAUCUUUGGGUGGUGAAACCGUAUCGGGCAUGGGUUCUAUCGAUGGGGAGGCAGAAAUUCAACCUGAUUUGUCAGGUACCGUGGAAAGUAGAAAUGGGGCUAAUAGUGAGGAGUUUGCAAGUUGUGUCUCAUUUUAUCCAGACCCCAUUGAAGAACCAGUUCUAGAUUCUGUGGAGGAGAAUGAUGAGGAGGGGUCUUUGUCUAUUUGUCCUACAGAUGGAACAGAUGAUGUCAUGCAAUCUUUGCAUGAUCAAUUAAGAAGAUCUAUGGAAGAAUCCAAGAAUCUAAAGAGGGAAGCACUCAAUGAGUCAGUCAGGUGUCGACAAGCCGAGCAUGUUGCUUUAGAGGCACGAUGCAAAGCUAAAAUCUUAGAAACAAAGUAUGAGGGAGAACUGAAACUAAGAAUCGAGCUUGACGAAGUCCUAAACAGAGAAAGACACAAACUGGAAGACCUUGCAAACCAGAGGGACAAAUUCUCAAAGGAAGUGCAGGAAAUUUGCAAGGAAAAAGAUGCCCUUACCUGUCGCAUAGCAGAGUUGGAUCAGCUUGUUCAUGAUCUCACAGAGAAGCUAAGAGAAGCAGAGGAGUCCUUGAGCAGGGUCUCAAGAGAAAAUGUUGAGAUACAAAGGCAAAGGGAAGAUGUGCUUCAUCAACUUGAGCAAUAUCAGAAGAGAGAAGGGCACUCAAGUGGGCAAGAGAGUUUCUGUGAGUUCUCAGUAAUGGAGCUCAAUAUUGCAACGAGAAACUUUGAUGGCAGACUAAAAAUUGGGCAGGGUGGUUAUGGGACAGUGUAUAAGGGGCGGCUUCGUCACACUGAUGUCGCGAUAAAGGUGUUGGAUUCUGGUAGCUUGCAAGGCCAGUCGGAGUUCCAACAAGAGGUGAAUGUCUUAAGCAGGGUUCGACACCCGAACCUCGUGACCCUCAUUGGUGCAUGCUCAGAGAAUUCAUGCCUCAUCUAUGAGUUCCUCCCAAAUGGAAACCUUGAGGAACGGCUUUGCCGGAGGAAUGACUCCCCCGCCCUUUCCUUCCAAGCCCGUAUCCGCAUCGCCUCUGAAGUGUGCUCUGCUCUUCUCUUCCUCCACUCUGCCACCCCCCAUUCCAUAGUCCAUGGUGACCUAAAGCCAUCUAAUAUUCUCCUCUCCACUAAUGAUUCUGCAAAGAUUGGGGACUUUGGGAUAUGCCGCCUUCUAGAAGAUUCCGGAGGUACCCUAUGUUGGAGGACUGAUCCAAAAGGAACCUUCCCUUACGUGGACCCUGAGUUUCUAGCCACUGGGGACCUCACCCACAUGUCGGAUGUAUAUUCUUUUGGGGUCAUACUCUUGCAGCUUCUUACAGGACGAUCAGCUCUAGGUAUAAUACGGGAUAUGCAUAGGGCUCUUGAGAAUGGGUGCUUGACAGAGAUUUUAGAUCCUACAGCUGGAAGCUGGCCGUUUGUUCAAGCGAACCAACUUGCUCAUUUGGCGUUGAGAUGUUGUGAGAUGAACCGGAGGUCGAGGCCUGACUUGGGGUCAGAGAUUGUGAGGACAGUGGAGUUGCUGAGGGCGACAACGGAUGGGACUGUGGUGGCAGGGCAGCCUGUGGGAUACCCUGACAAACAUGGACAGGUUCCAACGUAUUUCCUUUGCCCCAUUUUUCAAGAAAUUAUGAAUGAUCCUCAUGUGGCAGCAGAUGGUUUCACAUAUGAGGGUGAGGCAUUGCGAGGGUGGUUCGAAAGUGAUCAUGACACGUCCCCCAUGACCAAUCUCAAGCUCCCUCAUCUCAACCUCAUUCCUAACCGUGCCCUUCGCUCUGCAAUCCAAGAGUGGGUCCAAAAUUGAAUAUGCAUAUUCCUUGUAUAUGAUAUGCUCAUAACUCUUAUCUAUACUGUAUUUAUAAAUGCAUGCAUGUACAUGACUAUGUGCAGAGAUAAAUAUGUAUCCAACCACAUAUUUAUGUACAAUCUAGUCAAUAUACAACAUGAGACAUGCAUGUAUUUGUUUAUGAUUUUGUAUGUGUGUAUUCUAUCCAGGCCUACAUAUUCCUUCUUGUUUGGCUUCGAGAUCUCUUGACAUAGCCUCUACGGAGGCCUGUAUGUAUUUGAUUAUCUAUUUAUUCAUUUGUUUAUAUAAA